AUGAAUCCUUGUAUGAAAAAAAAAAUAAAUGAGUUAAAAGAGAAAGUAACAAAGUCGAAAGUAUCACUUAUGUCAUUCUGGGGAAGUACCAUUUCACCACCUAGCAAAAAGAAAAAAGAUAUCCAUCCAGCGCCGUCUUCGUCAAAUGAAACACGAAGUUUCCUAAAUGCAACUACGACAGAGCCUGCAAGGAUUGAAAUUAAUUUAACAGACAACAAAAAAGAAAGAGAAAAACCGGCACAAGUUAGGAGUCGAAAGAAAAUCUCAGAUCUUGAAUCACAACGUGCAUCCUUGAUAGUCGUACGUGAUUCUGGUUUAUCUACCGUAACAAAGGAACAAAUAAACACUGUGAAAGAAACCAUAAGAAAAGAAAAAACAAAAUUGUACAGAUUGAUUCGUGAAUCAGCUCGUCAAAGAAAACGAAGACAAAAACUUAAAGAGAGCAUCGAAACUGUGUGUCAGAACAUCCCUGAAGCAUCAAGUGCUUUGAAACAGUUUAGUUGAAACCAUACUGGACGACCGCGUCCCGAAGUUGACCAACCAGAGCUUUUAUCAACAAUUAUAAAAAUUGUGCAAAAUUUAUCAGCAGCUGACGAACGUCGAAGAACAGAAUGUCUCCGUAGCGUCUCCACUUUAGAUGACCUUUAUAUCUUAUUUACCUUUUUAUUAUCUAUAAUUUUAUAUAGUUA